AUACAAGUGAAAAAGCAAAUUGAAAAAAAAAAGGUAGGCAAAUUGGAAGCAACCUUAGCUUCCUCAACCGUUUCUUCUAAAUUCUAAUCUUUCCACCUCAGAUACAUUCAUCACUUCAUGCAGACAUGGAAAAAUCCAAAACCAACUUUAAUUCCUAUUAAUCAUAAUCAAACCUUCAUUCAUUUCUCCAUAAACACAUAAAUAAUCUCAAUCUUUGCUCUCACAAACCCCACUGAUUAGCUCCUCUCGCCUCAAACGACCACCAAAAGCAUCAACACCGCAAAAUAGUUGCAGCAUUUGGGGGAAAAGGGAAGGUUUCGGAAGCAAAUGACGAUGGUGACAAGAAGAGUGGACCUUCGAUCUGAUACUGUCACCAAACCGACUGAAGCCAUGAGGGCUGCAAUGGCAAAUGCUGAAGUUGAUGAUGAUGUACUAGGUUAUGACCCGACUGCUGCUUUCCUCGAAAAAAAGAUGGCAAAUAUCAUGGGGAAGGAAGCAGCAUUAUUUGUCCCGUCAGGCACCAUGGCCAACCUAAUCUGUGUGCUCACUCACUGUCAGAUCAGGGGAAGUGAAGUCAUUCUUGGAGAUUAUUCCCAUAUCCAUAUUUAUGAAAAUGGAGGUAUUUCUACGCUUGGAGGUGUACAUCCUAGGACAGUGAAGAACAACGAAGAUGGUACAAUGGAUAUCGACCGAAUUGAAGAAUCUAUCCGAGAUCCAAGCUUUGAAAUAUGUUAUCCAACGACUAGGCUCAUCUGCUUGGAAAAUUCACAUGCUCACUCUGGUGGUAGAUGUCUUUCUGCUGAAUAUACAGACAAAGUUGGCGAGCUAGCAAAGAAAUAUGGGUUAAAGCUCCACAUUGAUGGGGCUCGUAUUUUUAAUGCAUCUGUGGCUCUUGGGGUUCCGGUGCAUAGACUUGUGCAUGCUGCUGAUUCAGUAACGGCUUGCCUAUCAAAAGGGCUCGGCGCUCCAGCUGGAACUGUUAUUGCAGGUUCAAAGGCCUUCAUUUCCAAGGCAAAGAUUCUUAGGAAGACACUGGGCGGUGGUAUGAGACAAGUCGGUGUCCUAUGUGCUGCUGCUUUAGUUGCAGUCGAAGAAAAUGUUGGAAAGCUUGAAGGUGAUCAUAAGAAAGCUAAGAUUUUGGCAGCGGCGAUUAACAAUAUAAAAGGAUUGAAAGUUGAUCUGGAUUCUGUCGAGACCAAUAUUGUCUACUUUGACAUUCUUAAGGAGUCGGGUAUAACUGAAGACGAACUUAUGAAAAAGCUAGAAGUACACGGUGUGCUUGCAAUGCCGGAGGGUCCACGCAAAAUUAGGCUUGUCCUUCACCAUCAGAUCUCAGAGCACGACGUGCAGUACACCAUAAGUUGCAUUCAGGUAAUUAAUUCUGUUGGUGUCGACGUAGUUAUGAUGAGAAGUGGAGGAUUUUGUUGAUGAUGCAUGGUGUGAUGUUUACUCUUGCAGAAAAUUGUGAGUGGCCUCCCUGAUCAAAAUGGUGUCAACUGAGGCUUCUAAAGGCCAUGAUGUAACCAUGGGGUUUUUCGUAUUUGUUAUGGUGUAAUAAAGUGGUAGACUAUGGAACUCUGUACUCAAAAAUGAAAUAUUUAUAUUUCAUCUAAAGCUUUCUAUAUUUUAAAACUAAA